AUGAAUCUGUUCCAUUGACGGUUCCCCCAAAACUUCGAACAUUCCCUCAACCGGGUAAGUUCUAAUUACUUAAACUGGAAUUCUGGAAAUACGGCCUACUUGGCUACGCGUACAAGAUGUCAGCAACGUCAGUUUCGUCAAAAAUUGCUGUGAAUCCGGCCAAUACAGCCAGCGGCAUUACUUCCUUCCAUUCCGGUCGGGAACAGUUCGUCAUGAAAAAAUCCUAUAGUAUUGAGAACGGAUAUGCCGGAAGACGUCGGUCUCUGGUGGACGACGCACGUUUCGAAACAAAAGUGAACAGACAGAAUCGAGAAAAUUUACUUCACGAAAAUUCACUCUCUCGCGAAAAUUCGACGUCGCAGGAGGAACUCGUUUUACCGGAAGACGCUUUUACUGUCGGAGAAAAUGGAAGACUUUUGGUGGCGAUAAUUAUCCGUAUGCGCGAAGAACUGGUAACGCUGUCUCGAACAUUCAAAACAAUCCAGCAUUGCAAGGGGACGCUGUUGCACGUAGAAUCGCGUCCAUCACACAACAAAGAGGAGCCCCAAUUCGAAGUGAUUUUGAAGCUAGAUAUCGCUCGCGACAAUCUUGUAUCACUGCUCAAGUUAAUGAAGCAAAGUACAUCACUUAGCCGUGUGACGGUCGCCAGUGCAACCAACUUUGUCGGAGACAUACCAGAAAUUUGGUUUCCAAAGCAUAUUUCCGAAUUGGAUUUAUGCAAUCAUUUGGUGACACGUUACGAACCAGAUCUAGACCAAGGCCAUCCUGGCUUUACUGACGUUGUCUAUCGAAAACGGCGUCAAGAUAUUGCUAAUAUUGCUUUCAAUUAUAAACACGGAGAGCCUAUUCCACGCGUUGAAUAUUCGCUCGAAGACAAAACCACUUGGAAAGCUGUUUACACAGAACUGAUGUCACUUUUGCCGAAACACGCGUGUCGCCAGCAUUUGGAAGCUCUUACUCUAUUGGAAAAGGAAUGCGGAUACGCGGCAGACAACAUUCCGCAACUAGAGGACAUUUCCAACUUUCUUAAAAGAAGGACUGGCUUUUCUCUUCGUCCGGCAGCUGGUUUGUUGACGGCUCGCGAUUUUCUUGCAAGCUUGGCUUAUCGCGUAUUUCAAUGCACCCAAUACGUUCGACAUUCUUCCUCUCCCUAUCACUCUCCGGAACCGGACUCAAUUCACGAGCUGUUGGGACAUGUUCCAAUCCUGGCUGACAGAAAUUUUGCCCAAUUUUCCCAAGAAUUGGGUUUAGCCUCGCUAGGGGCAAGCGACAGUGACAUUGAAAAAUUCUCGACGAUGUAUUGGUUCACGGUCGAGUUCGGGCUCUGCAAACAAAAUGGGGAACUCAAGGCAUACGGAGCUGGUUUGCUUUCAAGUUACGGAGAACUUAAGCAUGCCCUAUCCGGGAAACCUAGUUUACUGGCUUUCGAUCCGACCGUCUGCGCUGUUCAACCCUAUCAGGAUCAGGAUUAUCAGGAUGUCUAUUUCGUAGCAGAGAGUCUGGAAGAUGCCCUUCAAAAGUUCCGCGGUUGGGUAGCCGAGAACAUACGUCGACCUUACGAAGUCUGCUACGAUCCGUUCACGCAAACUGCCGAAGUCGUUGACUCAAUUACUGCGCUGGCUAAUGUUACUAAACAAGUUCAGACGGAUCUGUCUCAUGUCUGCACAGCCCUACACAAGAUGAAUCCCGGCUUGUGCUGCAAAUGGUAGCCAAUCUGCACGUGCUGAAGUUGUUUGUUUAAUAUAUUUUAAUCUCAAUAUUUUCGUCGUAUUCACUCAAAUACACGCUUAUCUGUUCAA